UUUAUCAAAGUAAUCUCUUUUUUAAAACAAUUGGCUAGAAUACUCUAGUUUUCAAACUAUUUUUAAACCUACUUAGUAGAGCCACUUCAAAUGGCUCUACCCAAGUAGCGCCACUUAGAUUGGCUCUACACGCUAAGUGGCGCAAGCCCCUGUGCCACACAGCUGUAUGCUGUGGCACUAGCGCUUUUUCAAAUAACUUUUACAUGAUGAUGAUGCACGACAAAUUUUUUUAGAGCGCAUUGCCUAAAUAUGUGAUGGAUUAAAUGGUAUUUGGUUGAGGUGGACCAUGAGUUGGAGGUAUGCAUUUGAAUUGCUCUGGAUAUGGGUGUAUAUUUUUGUUGUCUUGAAAUUUGGAAAAUUUGUGAAUAAAAAUUACGAUGUUGUCCGUUGAAUUGUAUUCCCGUGUUAUCUUUCAUCGAUGAAAAUUGUAAACGUAUGUAUAUGAAGGUCAUGAACCAUAUUGAAGAUGUUACACCUCAAAUAAAAUUUUCCCCUUCACAUUGCAGUUGUCACAAAUUAGUUGUCGAAAAGCAAGCUUAAGCGCCUGGGGUGCAGUGAGGCUCCUUGUGCACUUCAAACCCACUUAGGCGAUGAUGAGUCCACCAUGAUAGGCCAAGAGUAUUUUGGUAGUUUUGCAGUUGUCAUGAGCUCUAGGGGUAGCCCAUGGGCCACAUGAACAUACACGAACCACAUAUACACCCUAGUAGUUAUUUAUGAGGUUCAUUCAUCAUAUGGCAUAUUAGUUCUUCCCUGGGAAUAGUCUUAUGUGUUCAACAGUGUUGUGAAGCAUAUAAACUGAUGAAACUUCCGUAUUAUGAAUGACGACUGAGAAUAUAAAAAUUCUUGGUUUGACGUCUAGGGUCUUCUUUCCCUAUUAGUAUUCACUAGCACUGUUCACAGCUCCAAAACACCCCCCUAGUCUUUUACUUUCCCAGCACUCCAGCUGUUCAAUUCUUUCCUACAUUAGGCGAGGCGAAGGGCUUUUGGGGCUUGAUUUAAGUGGCUAAUGGUUUAUUUAUUUCAAUUAAGGGCAGAUACCCUAAGAGAUAUCAUGGGUUCAAUCUUAAAAAGGCAGAAGCUUUCAGAGGAGCAGUAUGAAGAUAGGAUCAGCAACUUACCAAACAGUCUUAUUGCUCAAAUCCUUUCCCGUCUUCCCACAAAAUACGCAGUGUCAACUAGUGUCCUAUCGACAAGAUGGAAACAAUUAUGGACUUCAAUCACCAGUUUCGAUAUUGAUGAUCAGUUAUUGUUAUGUCCUCAAAACAAAAGUACCGAUCCAUUGCUGCAGAGGAGUUUUACGAGUUUUGUGUGUCGAGUAUUGUUGCAUCAUGUUUCAUGUGUACAGAGGUUCCGUCUCAAGUGCAGUCAAAGUUAUGAUGCUUCACUUGUUAAUGGAUGGAUUGCUGAUACAUUAUUGCGAAAUGUUCGAGAACUUGAUCUUGAUUUGUCCUUCCGGAUGGAACAUUCUACUAUGCUGCCUCAGGACCUCUUUACUUGUAGCACUCUGGUGGUAUUAAAACUGAAAACUUAUGGUGAUAUGAAUACUGUACCUACUUCGGUUUCUCUACCAAGUCUCCGGAUUCUACAUCUUUUUGGUAUAGAAUUUGUAGAUGGUGACUCAAUCAACAGGUUCCUAUUCGGCUGCCCCUUGCUUGAAGAGCUGCGUAUGUAUCAAUGUGUGGGGGAAAAUGUUAGUCUGAUUAACAUUGUUGCGCCUAUGCUCACGAGCUUGUUUAUGCAUGAUUGUUUGUUUGGUUAUGUAAGGCCACCUCAUGGUUUUGAGCGCAAGAUUGUGCUUGACACCCCAGCACUUUUAUACCUCACGAUCAGUGAUUCUGCAGCAGAUGGUAGUUAUUCAAUUGAAAACUUACAUCAUCUCAUUAGAGCUGAUAUUUGUUUAUAUGCUUGGGAUAUGGAAAUGGGGUCUAUUGAGACUGACGCUUCAGCUAUCUCUAAAGCUCUUACUGAUCUUUUCAAGGGGAUGGCCAACGUACAAUUUCUACACUUAAAUGUCAUGAUGGAGGAUAUUUAUAUGUGUGAUUGUCAACUACCAAAGUUCCCUAAUAUGACUUACUUGGAGCUUGGUGAUGUUCGCGGUGUUCGAUGGAAAUUUCUGCCGGAGUUGCUGGAGAACUCCCCACGUCUAGAAACCCUUGUUUUCAAAGAGGGUCUUGGAUAUGAAUAUGGAAUGUUUCCACAAUCAAGUUGGAAUCUAGCUCAGAAUGUUGUGCCUUCUUGUUUGCUCUUUCACCUCAAGGUAAUGGAAAUUACCGACUUCAAUGGGUCGAAAGAAGAGUGGGAGAUUGUGGACUAUUUUCUACAGAAUGCAAAGGUUUUGGAGAAGUUGAACAUUGAUUAUGGUUGUGGGGGUUCAAAAUGGACAAUACAUGCCUCAAGGACUUAAGAUGUUGCAGCUCUCUAAUAGCAGAUUUCUUUUGGUCGCUGUGCAUUAUUCUCACAUUGUCAAAUUCGUCAAAUUGGCUUGUGAAAUGAGUAUCAUUUUGUCAAAUUAUUACAAUCAGAAACAGCACAUAUUUUGUAUAUUUCAUGUUACCCCGGCCUCUGGUGAAGUAGGUGACUUGGCAUUUGUUCUGUAUGAAGUUUUGAUAGCCAGGGUUUGUCUAAUUGGCUUCAAACCUGUGAUUGGUACGAUGAGGCAUUGCGUUUAUGUUUUUCUAUAGUUCUUUGCUGCUAUUGAAUUUAACUAUCAAGCUAUUUAUGCUAUUAUUUGCGCUUCGCUUAAA